CGUUUCCGUCUUCCUAGAGCUUGUCAGCCAUUACAGCUCUGCUCACCGGUUCUUGCAGGGUGUAACUGAUACAGCUGACAUAGUUUCCGAAAAAUCGAAGAUUGUCCUUACGGAACUGGUAGUGUGUCCGGGAGCAGAUACUUCCAAACGUUCGUCCAGAUGUAUAACAAUAGUUUUUCCAAUCAUACCAGGUCCAGAGGAAAUCGAGAUUCUAGCAGUCGUAGCGGAGGUGGAACUUAUUGGAACAGCCAGCAACAAACACAGAAGGAGAAACCAUUGAAGAAGCAAAUCCAGAGAAGGACACCUGGAGAUCUACUGAAGAAACCUAACUGGGACUUAUCCAAAAUGCCGGUGAUUAUGAAGAAUUUGUAUAUUCCUCACGUGAAUGUCUUGAAGAGAUCGACCGAUGAUGUUGCCAAGUACCACAUUGGCAAAGAAAUUACCGUCAAAGGCACCAACACACCGUCCCCGAUUCAAGCGUUCGAAGAAAGCAACUUUCCAGAUUACGUUAUGGAAGAAAUAAGGAAACAGGGUUUUGCUGAACCUACCGCGAUCCAGGCACAAGGUUGGCCAAUUGCACUCAGCGGCCGUGACUUAGUUGGAAUUGCUCAGACAGGCUCUGGAAAAACACUAGCCUAUAUAUUACCAGCAACUGUACAUAUUAAUAAUCAACCACGUUUGAAUCGAGGAGACGGUCCAAUCGUUUUGAUUCUCGCACCGACCAGAGAGUUAGCACAGCAAAUACAAACCGUCGCUAGAGACUUCGGUUCCUCCUCUUGCAUUCGCAAUACUUGCAUUUUCGGCGGUUCGCCGAAAGGGCCUCAGGCCCGCGAUUUGGAACGCGGGGUCGAGAUAUGUAUUGCGACGCCUGGUAGAUUGAUUGAUUUCCUCGAGAAGGGAACCACGAAUCUGCGCAGAUGCACGUACCUCGUAUUGGACGAGGCGGACAGGAUGUUGGACAUGGGAUUCGAGCCACAAAUACGAAAGAUCAUCGAGCAAAUAAGACCCGACAGGCAGGUGCUGAUGUGGUCCGCGACCUGGCCCAAAGAAGUACAGGCCCUUGCAGAGGAUUUCCUUACGGACUACAUUCAGAUCAACAUCGGUUCGUUGACACUGGCCGCCAAUCACAACAUUCGUCAAAUCAUCGAGAUCUGUCAGGAGCACGAGAAAGAGACAAAGCUGUUGGGUCUCCUCAGGGAAAUUGGCAAAGACCGCGGAAGCAAAAUGAUCAUAUUCGUGGAAACGAAGAAGAAGGUGGACGACAUCACCAAGGCAAUCAAACGAGAGAGUUGGCCAGCCAUCUCUAUCCACGGUGACAAAUCACAACCUGAGAGGGACUACGUUCUGUCCGAGUUUAGAAACGGCAAGACGAUGAUCCUUGUGGCCACCGAUGUAGCUGCUCGAGGCUUGGACGUGGAAGACGUGAAAUACGUAAUCAACUUCGAUUAUCCGAACAAUUCCGAGGACUAUAUUCACCGCAUAGGAAGAACCGGACGUUGCCAGAGCGCGGGCACUGCGUACGCUUACUUCACACCGAACAACGCGAGACAAGCUAAAGAACUGAUCGCCGUUUUGGAGGAGGCUGGUCAAGUGAUAAAUCCACAAUUGGCCGAUUUGGCGAACUCGAUGAAGAACCAGUACGGUAAAGGUCGCCAGCGUUGGAGUCAUUCUCGCUCGAACAAGGACAACUCGGCUGGAAGCCCCAGAAACAACACCAGCCCGAUUUCUUCGAACAACUGGCAGAGCCAGCACUCUCAAAACAAUCAGCUCAGCCAUAACAAUCCCAACAACCAAGAUAGAACCGUUGCGCGCCAGCAGAAUGGGUAUCAGAACAGUCGUCAGAACAGUUUCCAAUCCAGUUAUCAUCAGCAACAGCAGCAGCAGCAGCAGCAACAACAGCACCAGCAGCAGCAGCAGCAUCAACAGCACCAGCGACAGCCUAACGCCUACGCCAAUAGUUGUCAAACCAGCAACGGAAACUACCAAGCUGGUUAUCAGAACGCAAAUAUACCCAGAUACCACGGUAGAACAGGAGGCUUUCAAGGUAGCCGGUACCAUAAUCGACAGAACGCAUACAACGGCAAUCAAACUGGUGGACAGAACGUGUACCCUAUGCCAUCUCCGUUCAUGAUGCCAUCCGGCGGACACACUGAUUCUGGGAUGCAGAGUCUUGUGAAUAACAAGUUCUUCCAGACAAAUCGACCACCGCCUAACACCGGAGCUUGUGCUUACCAAUCGAUGGGCUACGGUCAGUUCCAAGCUGUGCCACCGUACAGUUAUCCUUACCCGCCUACACCGGUGCAGCAGUGACGCUUUUCAAGGUAUAAGUCGGUAAGAGUGCAGGCUAAGUAAGAGAUCAGUUUUUCCUAUCUACAUUGGGCCCACUAAUGUUUACGGUUUGUGUAGAAGGUUGGGUCUCCUUUGAAUAUAUGCGUAAUGUAAUGUUUCUUCUUUUCUUUGUCAUUUAUUAUUUUCUGGAAUGGUGCCACUUUGACACACGCGAAGUCGAACGAAAUUGUUUCGGUUGUUGGUACGCAACAAACAGAGUCAAAACGAAAUCAAAAAAAAAAAGAAAAAGUAUAUUAUUUAAUUGGGGAAAAAAGAUGAACUAGCACGAAGACGGCCAUUGCGAGAGAAACAGAAAGAAAGAAAAAAAAUUAAAUGUUGUGCAUUAUUAAUCACCGCGGCACAUUCCAGUUGAGUUUUUUGAAGUAGUGGUAGUUAUUUAGCGAUGGUACAUUGAUAUAAUCAUUACUGGAUGUAGACUAUGACCAGAUAUGUAGGCUUAUAACGUGGUCAUAUCUCUAAAAUAAUAAUUAAUCUUCUUGCGAUAACUAUGUAAACGACAUUUAAUGCUUUCCUGAAAUGCACGAAACAUAUAGAAGGGGGGUGGGUUAACGUUUUCAUAUUUGAUAAUUUAUUUAUAUUUUGCAUAUAUAUAUGUAUGUACAGGCAAUGCUCUUCAAAAUGUAAGGCCUUUUGCAUAAAAAUUAAGCCGUACACCCGUUUUACAAAGCGCACGACGAUAUCGAAUCGUGUUCUCUGUUCUGUAAACGAGACUUGGGUGUGUGUCUCUGAUAUAGGGGUGAAAGUAAUCUCAUAAAAAAAUUAGAGCACGUCAAUGGAGGAUAUCCAGCAUAAUUAUAUAGCGUACAAAAGCGAGUACUUGGAGAAGGAAAACUUGGGCUUUAGGGGACAACUUAAAUUAAGCAUGUAGUCACAAUGGCUGUGUACCUCGGCGCAAAGUUUGAUACCUUAUUUUUAUAAUAUAUAUCGAAAGUAAUUUGUUGUUAAACCAACGAAUGAUUAUACGAAGUAAAAAAAAGAGAAACAUUGUUGUUUGAUGUUUAUGCAAUUGGCCACUGAGUGGUCUUGUCCUCGCGCGCCCGUAACAAAGUAGGUACGCGCAAGGCUGGCCGCGAUCGAAUGAAUUUAGUUGUACCUGUUUUUUAGUUCGCGCUCGUCGAAAUUCUUGCUAUUUUUUAGGGGAACGGUUCAAACUAUCCGGGACACUUUCUAUUGAAACGUUCAAUGCGCUACGUAAACGUAUUAACGCGCGUGGAAGAUGUUAAUUGUGUGGCAACGGUCCCAACCUUUAUCGUUGCGGUUACCCGAAAAACGACUCUCGAGGAAAUCUCACGUGGCAACAAAAAUAAAACAAAAAAAAAACCAAAAAAAAAAACACGAGACACGAGACACGAGUUUUUGUGCCGUAGAAUCGGGCACGAGCAUGUUCGUCGACAGCGCAUAGCAAUUUUUUGCGGGCCUCCAGAUUACUCUGUACACGUCACUACUCAAAUAAAUGAAUAGUAGAAAAAGAGCUGAACAGAGAAGAAUGCAAGACUCGAAUACACUCGAGCAAGGACUCGUUUGCGAACGACAUUAUUGUGAUAAUUACAUGUAACGCUUUCGUGAAACGGUCUCACAGUUCGUUACUUAAUUACGCACAGUAGAGGAAAAAAAAAAAAAAAAAUGUGAAGCAAGUACGUGUGCACACUACCGUUUUGGUCGGUUCGGACGCGUCACGCGCGUAUUUACAGCGGAUUCUGCUCGAUAAGAAAUUGAGGAACUUGACGAUUCGUUUCUAGGUUCACAUGUAAGUCUUUAUAUUCUUCUUUCGCCGUCUUAUCAUCGGACUUCAAAAUGUAGGAUCGCGAAGAAAGUUAGGUCAUUCGCGGUAUUCUUCUCUUUGCCCUUUGGACAUUGUGAAUGCUUACGCUCCUACUGUGUUAAUCUGACUGCACACGUUGCGUGUCGGAGUGAAUAGUGAUAUAAUAAUAGGAUGCGUAUGCUACGAGUAUUGGAAAACUCUGAAUACUCAUAUAUUGCGUACGCCCUCUAUUAAAUCAUCCCAUAGUAAAAUCUCCAUUAUUCGUACUGGAAGGGGUUGUAGAAAGCAUGAAUUACGGUUAAAAAAAUACAAAUAGAUAUCGGAGAUGGACGCAUCAUUUUAUUCGAAUAACAGAGUAUAAAUUCGUUUCACAACUAAACUUGUAAAUUUUUAUUUUUCAUUCAUUAUUCGAAAUUUGUAUCCAACUGGUGAAUUCUGCUCAUCUCUGGUAGUACCAUAACGUAACUUAAACGUGUUUUACGUGCACGCUUUUGUGCGUCCUCUGAAUUUAUUGGACCGCACGCUCGAGUUUUGUUUCUAUGUUAAUACGAAUAACUGGAAUCGACAGGUCGUUGGCAGGGAUGGGCAAAAUUUUAUUCGAAUAAUAGAUAACGAGUAAAAACCAACUCAUUUAAUUCCAUAAUUAAAAUUUUAAUUUUUAAAGUUCGUUUCUUGUUGGUUCGAAAUUUUCAUCUAAACAAGAAUUCUGCCUAAUUUUGCACAUUGGACACGAAUAAUCGAGAUUUUACUGGAUUUAGAAUUUGUUUGUCUCUCUGAAAUUGUUUCACUGUAGUUGAUCAGAGGCUACCUUAUCUCCCCCCUCCAUGCCCUGGUCUAAAAUGUUUUGAUUUUGACAUUUAUCAAAUAGCCUAUUGAAUUUCGCUAAACAAUCGACUAUCGUAAUACUACCGUACUUUUAAUUACAUUACACUGCAAACAUAGAACAUAUUACACAUUUUCUAUCGAUAGUUGAUACACCUGGGUGCACGCUGAGUCCAUGCAGAAUUAUUCAGAUUUAUUUGGACAGAACGAUAAAACCGAAACUAUCCACCGGGUGGACGUUUGUUCACACCCAGGUAGCAGCAAAAAAUCCUCUAAACUUUAACCCUUUGAACUCAGCCUGCGUCUUCUUUCGUGUACCAAUCCGGAAUAUUAGCGAGUAUCCCAAAACAUGCAUAUCUUUCUUAACGAUGAGUCUCUGGUAUAGUCUAACAUAUAACAUUUUAGGAAGUUUUACAAUCGCGUUUGGCUCGAAACAGCAAUGGUGGAACUCCCGUAACGUAGGACAACAAAGGGUUAAUAUUUUGUCAGUUUAUAAUGGAGCAUAUUAACAUUACACUCUUCGGUUCUCAGUGAAGCAAAUGUUUCGCAAAGUGCGUUUUGCAUUUUGAAAAUUGAUAGUGGGUGUACGCGUAGCUCUGUGAUAUGUAAGAUGUAGCAUAUUUAUAGAUCUACCUAUUGUGCAUCAUGAUUAAAAUAAGGAACGUAUCUUAUCAGUUUUAUACGUGGUAUACAAAUCAUGUGAUCCUAACGACGUGUACUGCGAGCGCUCGCUGUCUACUUUAGGGAAAGAGGAACAAAAGUUGUUGAAGCAAAAAGACCAGUAUUUCCUUUCUUUGUGUUUGCCAUGCGAAUUCGUCUGCUGCCAGAGUGAAGAGAAAGAGAGAGAGAGAAGGAAUCGAAGAAUGAAACGUGUAUUAUUUCUGUUUAGAAUUCUCCUUCUUGAGUAUUUAUGGAAAUUUGAGUUUAUCAUAAUAUAGUCUAUGACGAAUUCAUUUAAUGAGCGUGUAUAAAAUUGUGCACAGGAUAUAUUUACUUUCCUCCUUUGCUUUUGUACUGUGAAUCUGUUCUUUUUGUACGUUUGUCUGCUUGUUAAGAUAUAGUCUUCUAAUAUUUGCGUGUUUAUCGCUAAAUGGGAGUAAUCUUUAUAAAAGUUUAAUAAUGCACUGCUAUCAGUUUUUUUUUUUUUUUUUUGUUAAUAUGUUCGUAUUUUCUUCUUUUUUUUAUUCAUAUCAGCGGUCAUUCAUAAAUCCUGUGUUCGUUAUUAAUUGUACUAGAUAGAAACAUCGGGGAACCUGUUAGAUAUGAAUUUUUUCCCUCGCGCGACAGGAUAUACAAUGAACUUAUUUCCGGGAAACAAAGUCGUAUCCUCGGUGAUCGCUUCUUUCCUGCUAGUCGACAAUUUUAGUUUGUAUUAUAUCCCCCCCUUUUGUUAUUUCAUUACUGUACACCUUUUCGAUCAAAUCUCUGCGGUGAUUUGUAAUUUAACGAGGUCAGGUAUCUUAAGUUAUUUGCGCAAUAUUCCCAAAAAAGUCUUGCCCUGUUAUUGUUACAAAUUGAAGAAGAAAGAAUUUAAGUGCGUUCGAGAACAAAACUCUGCAACAUAAGUGAACUUGAAUGCCCUCUUGGUCAAAUACGUUUCUAGUAAACUAUCGUUUUCUGUCAGUUUCCAACGGCGAUUGCGAACGUUGAAUAACGGAGGAAUAGUUUUGAAGAUUUUUCUGACACGCCUUCUUGUCAAAGGGUUCAAAAUAUUCUCGUGGUGUUUUCACGCUUGUAUCAAGCACUGUCCAAAUCAUACACUAGCUGUUCGGUUGAACGGAAUCUUGUAUUUAUUCGCGUCCUAUCUGUUGCUUUAUUUUUUUUUUUUUUUUUCGAUAAAAAGAAAAAAAAAAAGGUUCGUAACGACAAUUGGCACAGUUUUUUCCGCUUUCGCGUGCUGAAAAAUCGUUGAUGACUAAUAGCUUCGGGAACACGAGUACCUUUUUAAUGAUUAAUGCUGAACGCUGUGAUAUCGCGUACAUAAACAUUUUUAUUAUUAUAAACGUAAAUGUGCAUAUUGUAAUGUUAAAGAGUACUAUUCUCCUUUAUAUGUGAAGACUGAAUCUCGCCAACUUAUACACAAGUUUAGCAGCCACAGAUACGUUCGUAUACUGUAGACUACAAAAUAGACUAUUUGUAUAUUAUUAAUUAUAACAAUAUGUUUUACGUGGGUAGUGCCGUAUGGGACGGUACUAUUAUGUUAGUUCGAUAACGGGUGCGUGUUCGUAUUGUGCAUUUUAUUGAGAGCUAGUAACCGGUGCAUCGUGACGAGAAUAGUUUACACGAGUCCCGUUUCCUUUUACAGUUUUCGUCUAAUUCAAGUCGAAGGGUAGUUCAAUUGGAAACGUUCAUUUCAUUUUCAAUUACUUGCCACGUUUAUUGUUUUUUUCGAUUUAAUUGUUAAAUCGUUCGUGAAAAGAGGACGUUACAACAACACAAAUCCGUUUCAUGGUAGUUCCUAUAUUGCAUUCUUCUUUGUAACGUGAAUGGGUUGCAGCUUAAAUUUUGCAGAUGAGUUGAAGAGCUUUUUACUUCGAUGCGUAUUACAUUUUUGUUUGUUUGAUCGAAAAAGAAAUUUAACAAUAUUUUAUUCGUGUAGUUACAUGUGUGCAUUGCCGAAUCUGUUAUUAUUAUUUUGCGACCGUAUCUCAGUUCUUACUGUAAGUUGCUAUCUUCCGUACAUAGCUGGGGAAAUGUACCAUAAAUUGUUGAUCAUUUUUAACAACGAUCGGAGAUCAGUGCGUUUCUGCAUUGAUAAGAAUUGUAAACAAAACAUUCUUCUACUACGAUCCAAUGUUUUGUAUCGUAACGGGGAAGAGAAUGUGACACGAAGAUCAAAGUUAGGAGAACUAAAUUUGUAACGUCAUUUUUAUUAUGCACUCGAUAAUGUUAUACUCUAUUUUCUAAUUGUCAAAAUAAGCGUGAUCUUUUUUUUUUUCUUUUUUUUUUUCUCUCCUUUAAAUUUAGUUUUUCCUAAUGUCGAAUGUAGACUUGUUAGUGUAUAUAUGAAUGUUGAACACUGCACACUGUACGACAACAAAAUUACUGUGUAAAUGUUUUUGCAAAACUGUGAAUCCAAUACAGUAAUUUAUGUGUUUAUGAUUUUAUGUAAUGCGCCUCGUAAUGAUGGUACACAUUUAAGCCUGGACUAUUCAAACGAAGAACAAUGUCUUUAUUCGAUCUUGGUGUGUGCUGAGAUCUUUGAAUUAACAAAUCUUAUCCACCGUAUCUAAACUUCAACAGUUUAAGUAUGAAGCUCAUAGUGUAUUGAGUUGAUAAGUGGGUGCACAGAAUAACAUUGUUUCCUACAACUGUAUACAUUAUAGAAAUUGAUUUUUCAAUGUUCAACUGCGCGAACAUUGUAAUGUUUAUUAGUCCUGCGUACACCUGAUUUUAUAAUUAUUGUAUUCUUAUAGCGAUAUUCAACUUUUAUAAUUACUUGUCUUAUAAUUGAGUAGUUGGAAAAGGGACUUCCCUGUAUUUUGUGUAUAUCUUAACUCUUUUGCUAAAACCUGAUACGACUAAACGAGAACUAUCAAUUUCCUUUAUUAAAUCUAGUAGCAAAAGGGUUGAAGGCACGAAAUUCUGAAUACAUACCGCUCCCUGGUAUAACAGGGAGCAAAUAUCAGUUACAGGUUUGUUCUUUUUACAAACGUUCGCAUUUUUCGUAAUUGUUCUCCGAAUGGUAAAAUACGCAUCCGUUGUACUUUGUUUUAUUUUCUUUUCAGAGCACAUUAUAUUUACAUCCAAAAUAUAUCUGAACGUAUAUUUGGAGUAACAGGUUAUUCGAGCUGACCUGUAAUGACGUUAAUUUAUGCGGAGUUUGUGAACAAAAAAAGGCGAAGCGUAAGAAGUGAAAAUAAGAUUUUGGACACGAAUCAUCGAAGCAAACGUAAAAAUUAUAACACGUAUAGGAAUUACAUGAUCACGGGGAAACGCAGUACAGCACGGUAGACUUCCUGUUGUUGUAAUAGUUCAUUUGUUGACGCAUCUGUUCUGAACGCGCAUUAGGAGGAGAAAGAGGAAAGAAAAUGAGUAGUUCGAAAGACGCUAAUAAUGUAGUGUGCUAAAUUAUAUGGGAAGAGAUGAGAACGUAAUGAUUUAGUAUGCAUGAUUUCAAGCGAUAUUGAAAGCAGAAAUCGAGAUAUCAGGCCGCUGGUGUCGGGAAAAGGUAUACAAUACAAAAUAUAAUAAUGUAUUUUGUCAUUACGGCUUCAUUGAGUCAUCGCGCCUUACAAUAUGAAAGAGCUCGGCCAAUGUCCAAGACGUGUAUACAAGAUUUCAAAUAACACUCUUAGAUUAAAUAUAAAAACCGCUCCUUGGUCGUCCUCGGGUAAAUUGAAACAAGCGUUUGCAAAUUGUUUUAACUGCAGCAGAGAAGACGGCAUACAACUGUAUUUCUAUUCUUGAUUAAGAGUAUACAAGAGACACGUUAAGGAUAUACAUUUAUGUCAAUUUUACCGCGCAAGAACGCAUUUAUCGAUUAUUUAUACAUAUGUAUAUAACAUGUCUGUAUAUAUUUAUGUAUACACGCAUUAUUUUGAAGGAAAAAUGUUCUUUCAGAAGAUGUAAAUCAUAGAAUAUUCUCUACAA